AUGCCAAUUGAAUUUAUCAUUGAUCUUACAAUCAUGAGAAGAACAUGGUCUUUGUUGGGAAGCCUCUUGAAAAUUUUCUCAAAGACAGUAGUUUACUUAUAUGAUCAUGCUGGAAAAUCACAAGUGAAAAAAACUUUUCAGCCUGCUCAGAAAUGCAUCAGAACAACCAAGUUCAUCAAGAUUGGUUGUCCUGCUAGUAUCUAUAAACAUAACAUAACUGAUGAUACUGUUUGUAUCAAAUACAACUGGCAGCACCCAAACCAUGAUCCAUUUAAGAUUGAAGAGAUCAGUUUGUCAAGAUUGCCAGAUGAAUUAAAACAAUGGGUAGAAGGACUUGUCAGCCAAAACAUGGAUUGGAAAUCCAUCAAAAACAUGCUUGGAAUGAGUGAAGACAGACUUCUUGAACUUGAACAAGCUGACAAUAGAUCUUCUUUCCCUUCUUCUCUUCUCAUUAAUUAUCAAUAUGUGAGAAAUGUUAUCAAUGCUCAAAUAAUGAAACUCUCAAGAAAACAUGUGGAUCAUUAUAAAAGUGUCAAACUGUAG